UUAUUUCGUCUGUGUAGGCUAAGCACGGCGGGGCCCUGGAUUCGGCGCCGAUUGACGGAGUGUUGUGGUAGCUGCUGAUGUAAACCGCUGGACGCGGAAGAGCAUUGUUAAGUGUGGGACCAGCCACCCAGGGCAGUGAGAACAGGGGGCUUUACUUAGGAUACAAAGAAGAGAACCUGAAUGGACCACUCCUAGCAUUUCUUUAAUAAGUCUGUGCCAGUUUCCUGGGGUCUCUAGCCCCUGUGGUGGUGUCGGUCAAACGCUAUGAGAGCCAUCCCCCAGAAGAAUGCGGUGCAAAUCUUAUCUGGGCGCGAACGAGGGACACCAACAUUUGGAGCCCAGAGGGUCCUACAGGAUCUGGUGGAGGAUAAAACCAGAUGGAUGAAAUGGGAAGGACAGAAAGUGGAGCUCCCAGAUAGUCCACGAUCAACAUUCCUGUUGACCUUCAGCCCAGACAGAACCUUAAUGGCUUCAACUCAUGUGAACCACAAUAUUUAUAUCACAGAGGUGAAAACUGGAAAGUGCAUCCAUUCAUUGGUGGGGCAUCGUCGUACACCAUGGUGUGUGACCUUUCACCCAACCAUCCCAGGGCUUAUUGCUUCAGGGUGUCUGGAUGGAGAAGUUCGGAUCUGGGAUUUGCAUGGAGGCAGUGAAAGCUGGUUUACAGAAAGCAAUGUUGCUAUUGCAUCUCUGGCAUUUCAUCCUACAGCACAGGUCUUACUUAUUGCAACAGCAAAUGAAAUCCAUUUCUGGGACUGGAGCCGGAGAGAGCCAUUUGCUGUGGUGAAAACAGCUAAUGAAAUGUUAGUGAGGUUUGACCCCCUUGGCCAUUACCUGCUGACUGCCAUUGUCAACCCUUCUAAUCAACAGAGUGAUGAUGACUCAGAAAUUCCAAUGGAUAGUGUGGAGAUGCCACAUUACCGUCAGCGUUCCAUUGUUCAGACUCAGCCAGUACGAAGGACACCAUUGCUGCAUAAUUUUCUGCACAUGCUUUCUUCACGAACUCCAGGUCCACCAGCUGGAGAUCAGGGACAAGCUGAGGACACUGCAUUGCCAUCCCCUCCAGCUGGUGAGAGCAGUCGGACAACCAUUUACACUAGACUCCGGGAGAGAGAGCGCUUGAACUAUCAGCCUCAGGAGUGUAUUCAGCAUUUAGGUUUAGUCUGUCUCUGUAGCAGUUGUUCUGCUGCUCGUUCAUCUUCCUUGCCAUUCCAGAACCAAGACAGCAAUCCCACCACAUCAUCUGGUUCUACUGCUACUUCGUUUUCUUCUGUGCAGACUGAGCCCUAUCUCCCCGAGGAACAUGCCACAGGACCGCAGGAUACUACAAACCUAAGCCGACCUUCAGCAUUUAGCACUGUUAACAAUGGCACAGCCAGUAACGUUCUUAGGAACAUUGGCCCACCACCAAGCCGGAGGUGCCUUUCAGCACUAACUUCUGGUCAAGGAGCUCGGCAGAUGCAGUCUGGUCGAGAUGUAGCUACAGGGUUGGGAAGCUCUGACUGGACCCGAACUCUGUUAAAUAUGGGGCCUCGGUCAGAAAUGGAAAAUAUGCCUCCCCCUCGAACUAGUGCAUCUUCUGUGAGUCUGCUGUCCGUUUUGAGACAGCAGGAAAGCAGCUCACAGUCUUCCGUUUAUACUUCUGCCACAGAAGGUAGAGGCUUUUCUCCAGGUACGAGUAGGAUUCAAUCACCUGAAGGGGAUAGUGGAAAUAGCAGCGGCAGCAGCAGCACCAGAAGAGAAGACAGCCAAAGCAACCUUGCAUCUAUUCGAAAUGUGCUGCAGUGCAAUCUAAGUCGUUACUUUUUGGAGUAUGAUCGCCUUCAGGAUAUUGAUAGUAGUGUGGGUGGGGAACCUGGCCAGUCACAGCAGACAGAAGAGAUGCUGAACAAUAAUGUGGAGCCUGCCAGGUCAGCCUCUUCUCAUCAGCAAACACCUCACAGUGGCGAAAAUAAUUCCAACUUAUCUAGGGGUCAUCUGAACCGUUGCCGUGCAUGUCACAACCUGCUAACCUUCAACAAUUGCACAUUGCGGUGGGAGAGGACAGGGCAGAACUUUGCUGUCAGUGAGGGAAGUGCUUCUUGGCAGCCAUCAAAUAAUUAUGAGAAUCUGGGGCCGAAUAAUAAUCAACCACCACUGCCGCAGCCUGUAGACAUGCAGGGAGUUGCAGUCUCUGGGUCUGGUGACCUGGAAAUGGUCAGCUCUGAUGGGGGUUAUAUACAUCCUGUCCCCUCUGGCCAGAGGGAAGAGAGGCCUGUUGGUAUGACAUUCAGUCAGGAAACUGGCAGUUGGGAGAGAGUUUACGGCCAGGCUGCAGCAACUGUAUCAGGUGUAUCUGGGAAUGUAGCACCAGAGGCCUUAAACCAUGAUGUGCCUGAAGAGGCUACAGAAGAAGAUUCUCUUAGGAGAAGACUGCUGGAAUCCUCUCUCAUUUCAUUGUCUCGUUAUGAUGCAUCAGUACCUCGGGAGCAUCCCAUAUAUCCUGACCCUGCAAGGUUGUCGCCAGCUGCAUACUAUGCUCAGAGGAUGAUUCAGUAUCUUUCUAGAAGGGACAGUAUUCGUCAGCGUUCCAUGAGGUAUCAACAGAACCGGCUCCGUCCGACUACCACGUCUUCAUCAUCUGCUACAUCUUCUGAUAACCAGGGCCAGUCUGUGGAGGGUAAUGACAUAGAAUAUGAAGAUUAUGAGGACAAUGGUGAGAGAUCUCGCAGACCUACCAGGAAUGCCAGGAUACCUGCACCUUCACUUGGGCGUUUUGUGCCAAGGCGGUUCCUAUUGCCUGAAUACUUGCCUUAUGCUGGGAUUUUCCAUGAGCGGGGACAGCCAGGGCUGGCGACACAUUCUUCUGUCAACAGAGUCCUUGCAGGAGCUGUGAUUGGCGAUGGGCAGUCUGCAGUAGCUAGCAAUAUUGCCAACACCACCUAUCGACUCCAGUGGUGGGACUUCACAAAGUUCGACCUUCCUGAGAUCAGCAAUGCCUCCAUUAAUGUCCUGGUCCAGAACUGCAAAAUCUACAAUGAUGCUAGCUGUGACAUUUCAGCAGAUGGACAGCUCCUUGCAGCAUUUAUUCCUAGCAGUCAGCGUGGCUUUCCUGAUGAAGGUAUCCUAGCAGUGUAUUCUCUGGCACCACAUAACUUAGGAGAGAUGCUGUACACCAAGCGAUUUGGCCCUAAUGCAAUUUCUGUCAGCCUGUCACCAAUGGGGAGGUAUGUGAUGGUGGGACUGGCCUCAAGAAGAAUUCUUCUCCAUCCUUCCACCGAGCAUAUGGUGGCUCAGGUAUUUCGACUACACCUGCCUCAUGGUGGAGAGACAUCUAUGAGGCGCGUUUUUAAUGUACUUUACCCAAUGCCAGCUGACCAGAGAAGACAUGUCAGCAUAAAUUCUGCCCGCUGGCUUCCGGAACCAGGCCUGGGAUUGGCAUAUGGAACUAACAAAGGAGAUUUGGUCAUCUGCCGACCAGUAGCUUCAAACUCUGGUGCAGAGUACUACUGGGACCAGCUCAACGAGGCUGUCUUCACCGGUCACACCAGCGGCAACAGCAAUACUAGAAGCACUGAACGACAAGGGGCAAGUAGAGCUACCUGGAGGUCAGAGAGGGACAUGAGACUGAUGAAUGCAAUUGGCCUGCAGCCUCGGAAUCCUGCCCCAUCUGUGACUUCGCAGGGCACACAAACACCUUCCCCACAACUUCAGAAUGCAGAGACCCAGACAGAUCGAGACAUACAAGAGGCAGGUGUGUCAGGAGGAGCUGAAAAUGAGGAAGAUUCUGAGAAUGGUGGUUCUGGAGAAGAUGCUUUAGCAAGGAUUAGACGGCUUAUUGCAGAAGGUGGGAUGACAGCAGUGGUGCAGAGAGAGCAGAGCACUACCAUGGCAUCUAUGGGUGGCUUUGGUAAUAACAUCAUAGUCAGUCAUCGCAUCCACCGUGGCUCACAAACAGGAAAUGAGACUAUGGGAGCAGAGCCCUCCUCACCUCAGCCAUCAACUUCAUGGAGUGAAAGUGGACAAGACAGAGGCCCGAGCAAUACUGAAACUUUGCAUUUGAGAAAUCAGACAUUCAGUGAGACGGUUCAAUCUAGCCAUCAAGCAGAAGAGGUGGCACAACAGCAUUUUUUAUCGGGCAACACUGAGAGAGAUACAGGCACUCCUAGUGGGCAACAUACAGCGCCCUUGGACAGUGAAGGACAAUUUGAAUCCAGUGCUGCACAUAGUAACAGAGCCUUUGUUAAUCACAGCAGUAAGGGAGCUUCACAAAAUAGGUAGAGACGAUCUCUCUGUGCUGUAUAAUGGUGCUGUAAUACUUUUACUGUAAGGACAGACGAAUGCCAGCCUCUGAUAGUGGACAUUAUUUUAAUGUUUUUCCCUUUCCAGUUUGAUGUGACCCACAGUGAUUUUCUUGAUAAACACAUAUACUGAACACAGCAGGCCUGUCCAUUUCAUGUAGCUGUACCCAAACAAGAUUAUGUAUGUGGGCCUCACUGCUUUUCUGUCCAUUCUCCCCUUUCCUUUUUUAUUGCUGUGGUAAUUGUUAAAUAAGUACCAGAGAUUUGAAAGGAAAAAAAAUGGGUUGUGGUGUUGGAGGGGAUGAUUUUCAUUAAGAACAUGGUCUGUUUGACUAAUGCAGCUUCAGAAGUCCAGGACAUAGCAUUUCUAGCAUUGUAUAUAGAUAACGACUGUUGGCCCACUUCUGCAUUGGCAUCCUGACCAGGCAAGGAUUUAAUUUCUCUGCUGGCUCAUCCCAUAUCAGCUGCCCUUUGUCCAGGGCUUACACAGAGACUGGUCUGUCCUAAGUACUGUCCUUCUGUGCUGCUCUAGCUCACAACAGAGCUGCAUCAGAGAGCCAGUAGUCGCAUGAAUCCACUACACCCCAGACUCCCGGGAGAGGGUCGUGUUCUUUGUUUUGUUCUGUUUAGAUUAUGUUAGAGUCCUUGCAUGCAUUGUACAUAACCACCUCCAUUCUGAACCCCCAUCUUAGUUUUUAAAGGAAUAUGUUACAUAAAUGGGGGGAGGAGGGUGAAAACGAGACAAAAAUAAAAGUCGUUAUCAAAAUGAUUUUUUAAUUUA